AUGGACAAAGUUUCUUCAUCUCCCUCUAUUUUUCCAGUUCUCCACGAUAUGGAGAUAGAAAAUAGAGGAAAAGGAAACGAGUUUUUUCCAGAAGAUUCAUUUAAGAGCUGGGGUGAGUAUGGAAAAGCAUUUUUGAGGACACCGUUUCGGUUGAAAGAGAGAAUGUUUACUCGAUCAAAAGAUUACAUGGAGAUUGUUGAGAUGAAAGCUCGAAGUAACCAUCAAAUGAAGAAGACUCUUGAUUGGUUGGAUCUUAUUUGGUUUGGAAUUGGAGCUGUUAUAGGUUCUGGAAUUUUUGUUCUUACCGGUCUUGAAGCUCGUGAAGAGGCCGGUCCAGCAGUUGUUUUGUCCUACAUCGUCUCCGGUAUUUCUGCAUUGUUGUCUGUUUUUCUGCUACACGGAGUUCGCCAUAGAAAUUCCUGUUGCAGGUGGUUCAUUUGCAUACUUGAGAGUAGAGUUAGGAGACUUUGUGGCCUUCAUAGCCGCUGGAAACAUACUCCUUGA